UCUGCGGACAGGGCGCUGCGUCAGAGUGACGUACUUCCUUUAAGUUUGGGCUCCGGGGAAAACAACACCUAAAGAACCCGAGCCAAAGAAAGAAAACACCGAACAACCUGCGUCCGUGUCGACUGCGACCACCCGCGACCCCUCCACUGUAACACUCGACCCCUCCGCGACACAAUGCCACAGAACGAGCACAUCGAGUUGCACCGCAAGCGGCAUGGCUACCGCCUGGACCACCAUGAAAAGAAGAGGAAGAAGGAGAGCCGUGAGGCGCACGAGCGGUCGCACAAAGCCAGAAAGUUGAUUGGAUUGAAGGCCAAACUGUACCACAAACAGAGACACUCAGAGAAGAUCCAGAUGAAGAAGACCAUCAAAAUGCAUGAACAGAGGAGGACUAAACAAAAGAACGAUGAUAAGACGCCAGAGGGAGCAGUGCCAGCCUACCUUUUGGACAGAGAGGGACAGUCCCGCGCUAAGGUUCUGUCCAACAUGAUCAAACAGAAGAGGAAAGAGAAGGCUGGCAAAUGGGAGGUGCCUCUGCCAAAAGUACGCGCCCAGGGCGAGACAGAAGUGCUGAAAGUCAUCAAAACUGGAAAGAGACAAAAGAAAGCCUGGAAGAGAAUGGUCACAAAAGUUUGCUUUGUCGGCGAUGGCUUCACUCGCAAACCUCCAAAAUACGAGCGUUUCAUCAGACCCAUGGGUUUGCGUUUUAAGAAGGCUCAUGUCACACAUCCGGAGCUGAAGGCCACGUUCUGUCUCCCCAUCCUCGGAGUGAAGAAGAACCCCUCCUCACCCCUCUACACCUCCCUGGGAGUUAUCACAAAAGGAACAGUCAUAGAGGUCAAUGUCAGUGAGCUGGGGCUGGUUACACAAGGUGGAAAAGUUAUCUGGGGUAAAUAUGCGCAGGUGACGAAUAACCCAGAAAACGACGGCUGCAUUAAUGCAGUUUUGCUGGUAUAAGACUCUCUAACCAGACUGUGCCUGGUGACUCACAUUUACACAAAGAACACAAAGACGCAACAAGUCAGGAGCUUCACAUGAACGGACCAUCAGGAAGAUCGUGGAUGCAAAUCAGUUUUUGGACGCUCAGAGGAAAAGAAAAGGAGUUAAUAUCUGUGUUGCAUUUGAUAUAAAUAAAGUUAAUGACGACAGAU